UUCAUCACGCUGAAAAGAUCUUGUAUCUUUCAGAUGAGCGAUCUAUCGGAUAGCCAGCAGCUCGGAUCAGGAGGUCGCGCCUUUGACGGGGAAUCGGACCAGGAGAGGGACAGUUUUCUCCCUACGGACAUCUCCGAAAUGGAGGCCGCGGAGAUAGAGUUAGGUCCUAUGUCUUCUGUGGAGAUCGAGAAGAUGGUACGGGAGCUUACCGAACCUGGGGCAAUCGAUAUCCGGGAUAGCGAAUCCACAGUGUCAGCUCGCGACUACCUCAUCCGUACGAGGCAGGCUCCUGACAUCGAGGUCGAGGAGGUGGAGGAGGGAUGGACUACUCCAGUCCGCGAGUCAGGUGGGGAAGAAGAGGAAGCGGAAGGGAGCGGGACGGACUCGGUUGACGACUCCCAACUGAACGAGCCUUUCUCAUGCGAAGACCUAGUCUCGAGAGUCGUCAAAUCUGACUUCACCACUUUUGUGAGGUUAAAUCUGUUGCGGCUUGCGUUUCAAAGUCCCAAACCCUCUCAGAGAGCGCAUCUUCCGUUCACCAACCCUGCGAUCAUCCCCACGGAGGACGUGGUCAUCUCAAUACCCAUUCUUCGAUGUGGUGUAACCGUCCCAUUUCAUCCUUUCGUCGCAGCCAUUCUUAGACGCUAUGACGUAUCGCCUUUUCAGCUAACACCCAACAGUUAUCGCACUGUUCUAGCCUUCUAUGCGAUGUACAUGGAGUACGCCCAUAGAGCUCCGUCAGUAGAGGAAUUUAGUUAUUUUUAUGACAUAAAGAGCGUGGGCCUUCAUAACGGCUUCUUUUGCUUUAGUAAAUGGGCGACUUCUGAAAUCAACGGGGUUGAGGGGAUGGUUUCGAAUAUGGGUGAUUGGAAGUCAAAAUGGUUCUAUGUUUUUAAGGUUCCUGGGAUCAGAACCGACUUUAAUCGCAGACCCAAUAGACCAGCUCGACCAACGCUUAACGCUCAUAAAAAGGGGGUAGCUGAAAUUCUCGGGAGUCUUCCGGUACAAGAUCGCGACUGGCGAUUGCUGUGUACGACUGCCAAAUUGCGAGAACACAAACUGAUCCCUGAGAACGCGAGUCUUCAACGGGAGCCAGUAUAUAAAGAACCAUCUGAGAGACAGCAGGAGCGGAUAGAUAAACGGCUUUCCAAACAAACUCCUCGAGAAACUUCAGACAUGACUUUCCUGAAGUCUGCCCCUGUCCUGAAGAUCAAGCAAAAGGGUGGGACACGGCAUCUUCACCGCCGUCGCACGGAAGAGGAAGAGCGAUGUGAUGACUUCGCUCGGCUGCAUUCCUCCAAGAAGUUGGCCAAGACCGCUCGGGAUAAGGGGAAGAAGGUUGUCAUUGAUUCUCCGGUUCGUCCUCGCGACUUCCCGGCUAUGCGGGGAAAAAUUACUGGCCGAGAUUCCUUAUGA